AUGGAAGUUGUGACCCUGUCAAGACACGCUGGUUUGCCUGACCGCAACGGAAUCCCGGUGCGCUCUAUUUGGUACAGCGAGCGUGGAUUUGAAGUCUCUGCAGAAGCUUGCAAUAACAGAUUGCGUAUCCUCUUCCGAUUUUCGACCCAUCCAUGCUUCCGCCAAAGUGUAAAGGGCCGUAUCGCCGCCUGUGACUAUGAUCUACCAUUCGAAGAUAUGGCGGAGACAUUCCCAGACCUGGAACCGGCGCGGGAGGCUAGCUCGUCGUCCAUGACCACGGUACGGGACGCCGGCUCCAACCAUCCCUCCAUCAAGAUGCCGGAAUACCCGGAAUCUGGGGCGGAGUGUGGAAGCCCAGUUCCCUUUGACUCGGUGGACGCUAGCAAGACCCUCUUCGCAGAAAUUGGACGAAUUUUCUUGAAACAUCAUAUGGAGAACACGCUGGGAAUUGUCCUUCUCCACCACCACUUUCUCCUGGCGCAAGACGAGAUGCUGGUGAAUGUCGGACCUGUCGCAGUACCCUGGAAAACUAACAGCGGCUUGAAGGAGCUCGAAAAUGUUCACCCCAGCUCCUGGGGCUUCACCAAGGACGGCGUUGCGCCGUACGAGUUUACUCACGGAUCGCCCAGAGUAUCUCUCGACAGCCAAUUGCAACCUUUUCUUGGUGAAUUGGGCGCCAUACUUGAGAAACGCAAAAUGACUGACCUUUUUGGGAUUUGUGCCCUGGAUGGAUCUAUUGAUCGCCCUUGCGACAUUGAAUUCACCGAAGGGCGUGCCAAUAUUACAUUUCCGUUCGACAUUUCCCCCCACAAAGGUAGCAAUGUUGAAGCGAUGUGGCGAAUCGGCUCAAGCAAGGACGGAAUAACAAGUACAAAGGUGAAAGGCGAAGUUCAGCCAAGGGUCUCGAAUGGGUGCGGAAAAUUGUAUAAGCUGCAAGGGAACACACACAGGCAACCACCUCCCACAGGUGCCAAGGCUCAGGGGAACCAGGCUGCCAUCAACAGAACCUUAGAAGACGACGUGGCGAGUACAGGUCUGGGAGACAGUGCACAGCAUACUGUCUUUGCUGAAUGCAAAGUUCGCUGCAACAGUUUUCAACUACCCGAAAAUGGUGGGAGAAGCGAGAGCAAUUGUAGCGGCCCUUCGACAAGGUCCCUUAGAUAG